GAGGCUGCUGGAUCCGAGCGCGGCAUCGGUCAGACCGGACCGGGUCGGAUCAGAUUAGUCAGUCCAUGGCUACCGCGAGUUCGGCAUCAGCCGGCACAAGGGCCGUGGCCAAAGCCGGCCAGUUCCUCUCCUCCAAGCAUGUCCUGAGUGCCGCCUCCUGCGCCCCGGUGCCCGGGCUCCGCCGGCUGAGCGCGGUGAAAGCCAGCGGGCACAACCGGUCGCGAAGCACUCCGAUGCCGGAGGCGGAUCGGUCGGUUCCGCUCGUCAGUCACCACCGGGCCACCCGCUCCCUCGUCUACAGGGACGUGAAGAUGUUCCUGAACGAGAUCGGCGCAGACCCCAGGGAAGCCCGGUACUGGCUCACCCAGUUUCAAAACGCCAGCACCAGCGGCAGCAACAAACUCUUCGCAGUGGUGGAGGUGGACGAAGAGAUCUUUUACUCAAAAGAAAUGGUAUCCAGUCUGGCUUUCGGCCUGGCCUUCCUGCAACGUAUGGACAUGAAGCCUGUGGUUGUGAUGGGAUUAUCAUGUCAGCAUGCUGAAGACCGAUCAAAUUCAUUCACUGAAACCAAAUCCUUAUUGCUCAGGAAUUGCCGGAUCCUGACUGAUGCACUGCACAGGAAUUCAGCUGUCACUAUGCCAUUUUUUAAUGGGGGAUCCUUACUGAGGGCAGAGCAGUCAUCACCUCACAACAGUUUUGGGAACGUAGUUUCAGUGGAGGAAGAUCUGUUAAAUUGGAGCCUGGAGUCGGGACACAUUCCUAUCAUCUGCUCUGUGGGAGAGACCUCUGAUGGACAGUUAGUACUUCUAAAUUCCUUGGGUGUGACAGCGACCAUCGCCAAGUUAAUGCAACCCCUGAAAGUGAUGUUUCUGAACAAUUCUGGAGGCAUUCAGGACUAUGAGAAAAAGGUUGUGGGACAGGUCAAUCUUCCAUCUGAUCUAGACCUUCUUUCACAUGCAAACUGGAUUAGUCAGAAAGAGGAAGAGAAAGCAAAAGUGAUAACAGAUCUCCUCAAUCACAUGCCAUCAGAAUCAUCUGCUGUCAUCACUUCUGCCGACACCAUACUCACAGAGCUCUUCAGUCACAGAGGAGCUGGAACACUAUUCAAAAAUGCUGAACCCAUCCGCAAAUACACAAGUCUCGAUGCAAUAGACACAACCCGUCUAAUAUCACUAAUAAAUAAAUCUUUCGGAAAAGAUCUAUGCAAGGACUACAUUUCAGUGCUGAAUCCCAGGCUACAUUCUAUUUAUUUGUCUGAAGGAUACAGUGCUGCUGCAAUUAUCACCAGAGAGCCUGUCCUGAAUGGGAUGCCGUACCUUGACAAAUUUGUUGUAAGCACAAAUAAACGUGGCCAAGGUACCAGCUUGAUGCUAUGGGAAUGUAUCCGGCAGGAUUUUGACGCGCUGUUCUGGAGAUCAAGGGCAACAAACAGAAUCAAUCCGUGGUAUUUCAAACAAUGUGAUGGAAGCUUUACAACUGGACAGUGGAUAGUAUUUUGGUACGGCCUGUCUAACAUGCGUGACUCUUAUGAACUGGUGGACCAUGCUGAAAUUUUACCUGAUUCUUUUAUACAACCAAAAGAGCCUAUAGAUCAACAGACAUCAUCUGUUACCGAAAACUAAAUCUCGUCACUUUUACUGUGCCAGUUUUCCUUUUUUCUUCAAUGUCCAAAAACUUGCUGCUCUAAGGUUGAACAUGCCUUAAGUUUCCUCCUUUGGCACAUCCAGUUGCUGUGAACUUCUUGACUUUUUCAAGUUGGCUAAUGGGAUUGGUGACCUUCAAAUUCCAGUCUGGCAGAAGAGGGAAUAUUCUAUUUACAUAAACUGUAGCUAAUAAAAUCAAAGUGAAUCAGAGCUCCCAAAAAGUGAUAGUUUUAAACGCAACUUCAUUUGUUUUUUCACAGGGUAUUGACUUUUACAGGAUAUUGUUUUCUUUUGUAGUGAAUAAUAACUGAAGGAUUAGUAAGUUUGUUUUAAUUAAAACUGAAGCUGCUACCCCUGGGGAUGGUAGCAUGGUGGCUUCUUACUGGACUUGCAAUCCAGAGGCCUAGACUAAUAAUCUAGAGACAUGAGUUCAAAUUGCACCAUUUUAAUUCAAUUUAAUUCAAUUAAUAAAUAAAUCAGGAAUAAAAAGGUAGUAUCAGAAAUGUCGACCACGUAACUGCCAGAUUUUUGUAACAGCUCAUCUCAUUCACUACUUCCUUAAAGAAAAGAAAUCUGCCAUCCUUUUCCAAUCUAGCCUGUUUGCAGCUCCAGAUCCACAGCAAUGGUUGAUUCUUAAACAAGCUGGAAAAACUCUGCAGGUC